CAAAUUCACAGCACGCUGCAUCAGCACUUUGUGCUGUGCAGGUCCUGGCUGAGAACGGGUGCCCUAGAUCAGCAGGGACUGAGAGCAGAGGGACACGGAGAAAGCAGCCCACCACCAUCUCACUGCUGCGGGGCAGGGGCAGAAGGGUUGUAUGUUUGUCUGAACCUGGAACAGUGAGCAGAGUUUUCAAGUGUUUCACUCUCCAAACUCCUUGUUUCUCUAAGUUGAAGCAGAGAAUCCUUUGUGGUAAUGCCCCUUGCAGGAACUCCAGCUCCUAUCAAGACGAAAAAGUCCACUAAACUCAUUGGGAAACUAACUCGUGAAGUCAUGCCACAAGAAGGGUCCAAGCUGAACUUGGGGAAGAAGAUCAGCAUCCCCAGGGAUGUGAUGCUAGAAGAGCUCUCACUCCUCACCAAUAAAGGAUCCAAGAUGUUCAAACUACGCCAGCUGAGGGUAGAGAAAUUCAUUUAUGAGAAUCACCCCGACAUCUUCACUGACAGUUCCGUGGAUCACUUUCAGAAGUUCAUCCCUGCUGUUGGAGGACAUUAUGGAGGAGAAGCUCAUGGUUACUUGCACAGUGGUGGGCGGAUGGUGGGUGGAGUAACUGCAGGGCAGUAUGGAACUAGUAAACUGCACUAUCCCCCUGCUCCUCCUCCUAAGCCUGGGAGCAAAGGUGGUGCUGGAGGCACUGAAGCUGAUCUUGCCAGGGGCUCAGCCGGAAGUGGGGGAGGAGUGGAUGGUGGAGGAAGUGAUGCUGCUGGAAAAGGUGAAAAGUCAGGAGGUGGGAAAAAAGUCUCUGUCUUUAAGACCUAUAUCUCUCCAUGGGAGCGAGCUAUGGGCAUAAGCCCUCAGGAGAAAAGUCAAUUCACCAUUGACUUGUUGUCGUAUGGUCCCAAAGCUGAACUCCCCCAUUACAAAUCUUUUAACAGGACUGCCAUGCCUUAUGGUGGGUAUGAGAAGGCACGCAAGCUGAUGACCUUCCAGAUGCCUGAGUUUGAUGUUGGUCCUUUAGUGCCAGAACCCAUCAUUGUCUAUAAUCAAGAAAUCAACACAAGACGCUCCUUCAACAGGACCCCAAUCCCCUGGCAGGCAUCAGGAGAACCCACGGAGUACAACAUCGAGAUCAAAGUGCCGAUGGACGGUGAAACAGAAGAGCUAUAAAUCCCAUUCUCUUCUUUCCUUCCUUUCUUUGCUCUCAACCCCUCACACUUGCAAGUAUAUUGUGGGGAGCUGAGAAAUAUGCUGGCAGUCCCAGGGAUCCUUCCUCCACUUUGUCCUUAGGACAGACAAGUUCCCAGUAGGUUCUAAGCUGAUCUUUGCUGUGGUGUUCAUCCAUGUCAGAAGCAGACAGAAGGAAAGCACUGUAAAAGAGCAAGAGUGAGUGAGCAAGAGAGAUGGCUUGUCUUUGUACCCACCAAGGCGAGAAAAGACAAAAUUAUGGCCUAUGUUUAAUGUCACUGCAUGUUGCCUGGCUGCUCCAUAUUGAACCUGUCUUGUCACUUGUUAACAAUCAAUAAAGCACCUAAAGGAAAUAAAGCAGUCUUUGUUUGUUU